AGGGUUGUAAGCAUAACUGAAGCAAAAUCUGAUUCGUAGUUACUGAUAAAGUUGAUUAGUUUCUUGUCCUCCCAUCAUGCUGUAGAAAGAGCUCAAACAAUGUCACUUCCUGGGUGUCACAAUUUAAGAAAUGAGAAAUGCCCAUUUUCCUUAAAAUGAGGGAAAUCAUGUCAUGUUUAACAGGGUUACACAGGUUAAAUAUCUAAAAGUUGGUGUCAAAAUAUGAAAGUAUCAUAUAUUUUAAUGUAAAUAUCACAUUAGAAAAGUGAGAUUUGUCUAUAAUGUUUUAAAAAUAAUAAAUAGAAGAUCAGUGUACCUCAUUCAUGGAAACUUUCAGGCACAUAUAAUUCAUUUAUAUAAGCAUUAAAGUGUUGGUAAUAUUUUAUAGCAGCUGUCUGCUUUGUUACGUCAGGGUUCAGUUUUAUGUCCUUUCACUUCAUAUUUCUCUCUUUAAUUUAUUUGAAUUAUUUUGAUGUACUGAAAAGGACAUCAAACAUUGAGGACAUUUUCUCUUAUUUUCUUCCAUUUUUAGAUAUGAUUGAAGAGGAGGAGGAGAGUGAAGAACUGAGUGAAGUGGAGGAGAAACAUCAUGUCAAACCUGGAAAAAAACCUUUGAGUCGCUCAAAGACUAAAAUGAAAUUUUUAAAGAAAAGAAGAGCCAAGAAAUCUUUUACCUGCACUCAGUGUGGAAAGAGUUUCACAGAUAAAUAUGAUCUUAAGAUUCACUUGAGAGUUCAUACGGGAGAGAAACCGUUCACAUGUGAUCAGUGCGGGAAGAGUUUCACACGAAAAGCACAUCUAAAUGAUCACAUGAGGAUCCACACUGGAGAAAAGCCAUUUACAUGUGAUCAGUGUGAAAAGAGUUUCUGUCAAUCAGCACAACUUAAGACUCACAUGAGAGUUCACACUGGAGUGAAGCCGUUCACAUGUGAUCAGUGCAGCAAAACAUUUCUUCAUUCAUCAAACCUGAAGAUACACCUGAGAGUUCAUACGAAGGAGAAACCACAUUUAUGUUCUGUGUGUGGAAAGAGUUUUUCACUGCUGGGAAAUUUACAUAAACAUGAGAAAAUUCAUACUGGUGUGAAAGAUAAUAUGUGUUUUGAGUGUGGGAAGACUUUUACUUCAGAUGGUGAUUUAAAACGGCACCAGAGGAUUCACACUGGAGAAAAACCUUACAAGUGUUCACACUGUGACAAGAGAUUCAAUGUGUCAUCAUCUCUGAAAACACAUGAGAGGAUUCACACUGGAGAAAAACCUUACAAGUGUUCACUCUGUGACAAGAGAUUCAGUGUGUCAUUCUCUCUGAAAAAACAUGAGAGGAUCCACAGCAGAGAGAAGCCACACACGUGUGAUCAGUGUGGAAAGAGUAUUAAAAGUAAUAUGAAGAUACACAUGAAGAUCCAUGCAGUAGAGAAACCACAUCACCACAGUCUGAAAUCACAGUAAGUAGUUCAUCUUUAUGUGCUGAGAAACAAAGUUAGUUUCCUAAGAGCCUCAUUGAGCAACAGGUCUGUUGGUUUAGAAAUGUGUUUUUUACUGCUGUAAAUCGACACAAUCGCUGAACACAUGAUUAAAAUAUAAUCAGAUUGGUUGUUUUCAUGAUCAGUUGUAUCAAUUAGUUCCUGCUGCCACAGUUCAUUAAAGUUUUAAGGUUGGCGUUUAUUUAUGAUUUAUUUAUGAUUCAUUCAUUCAUUCAUUCAUCAUGACACCGAAGAACUAUACUCUUUUCUUCAGAGAAUAUUUCUACUAUUUUCUUUGCCCUUCAAAGAAAUGUGGACCAAUAAGAUAUAAACUUUGAGCUGCUGCAGAGACACGUC